AUGUCGAUUGUCUUCCGCCGCUCCAUUUCCACUCUCAUCCCUCCGAAGGUCGCUUCGCCAUCUAUCGGCGCCGCGAAGGAUGCCUCCAGAAUGGCCCGCGUUGUUGAUUUCUACGGAAAACUUCCUAGAGGUCCUGCACCGGAAGUCAAGGCUACUGGUUUGAUCGGAAGAUACCAGGCCAAGUACUUCGGAAAGGAGACCAGCGCGGCUCCCCUCGCUCACCUUAUCGGUGUUCUCAUUGCGAUUGGUUACGCUCAAAACUACUACUUCCAUCUCCGUCACCACAAGAACAAUGCUCACUAA